GAUGAUUGGAUCAGACGCUCACAAUUAAGUUAACCCAUCUCAAACUCAAUCCCGAUCUCAUCACAUUCUCUCCUCGUCUCCUCCUCCGCCUCAAACCUCGCCGCCGGCGGCCGCCACCCCCGCCGCCGCUCUCUUCUCCCCCCAUUCCCGAACCCCUCCUCUCCGUCCCCCACCCGCCCAGACCCCCGCUCAGCUCUUCGCCGCGGGGCGCGAAGCCCGACGCCGCGCAAGCCCAGCCUCCCUCCGGCGAGUCCCCGUUCCCUCGGUUCUUCUUCUUCCUCGGGGGAGACGCCCUCCUCGGUGGCUCUACCGGGACCUGAGCCGCCGUGGAGUGAGGAUCCGGGUUUCUGGUAAGAUCGAUCGAUCGAUCGAUCCAUCGCUCGCGGUUGACCUGGUCGUCUUACAGUUCGUGGAUCGUGCGUGCAUUGUCUGAUCGUGUGCAGCAUCCCGCUGGUUUCAGUUGGGGGGGGGGGGGUGCGAUGGCUGGGUGCGGCGGCGGCUGGGUGGCUCGGCUGGCUGCGCUCCUCGUCGUCGGGUUCGUGCUCGGCUCCGUCGACGCCAGCCUUGGCGAUGUUGAUCCGCAGUACAGAACUUGCGUGGAGGAGUGUCAUACUACAGGGAUUAUUGGGGAGAACAUCAUAAGCCACUGCCAGUCCCCAGGGAAUGAUGACGCGUCUGUUGGAAGUUCUUGGUACACGCAGGAGCCCCUAUACAUGCAGUGGAAGCAACUAAACUGUAUGAAUGACUGCCGUUACUACUGCAUGAUGCAAAGAGAAGGUGAAAGGCAAUCACGUGGUCUGAACCCUGUUAAGUAUCAUGGAAAAUGGCCCUUCAUACGUGUUUCUGUCUUCCAAGAGCCACUCUCAGCUGCACUGUCUGCUGUCAACCUAUUGAUGCACUUCACUGGCUGGCUUUCAUUUUUCCUGCUGGUGAAUUACAAAUUACCUGUUAGACCCCAAACUAAGAGGACAUACUACGAAUACACUGGAUUAUGGCAUAUAUAUGCAAUAUUAUCAAUGAACGCAUGGUUUUGGAGCUCUAUAUUCCAUACUAGGGAUAUAGACUUGACUGAGAAGUUGGAUUACUCUUCAGCUGUGGCUCUACUUGGCUAUUCUUUAAUCCUUUCAUUGUUAAGGACUUUCAAUGUCAAGGACGAGGCUACCAGGGUGAUGUUUGCUGCUCCAAUUUUGGCAUUUGUUACAACACACAUCUUGUAUCUUAACUUCUAUGAGCUUGACUAUGGGUGGAACAUGAAAGUUUGCGUGGUGAUGGCUGUGGUUCAACUUCUGGCAUGGGCAAUUUGGGCUGGCAUAACCCAGCAUCCAUCACGAUUCAAGCUUUGGGUGGUUGUCUUUGGUGGUGCACUUGCUAUGCUUCUCGAAGUAUACGACUUUCCUCCGUACAAGGGAUACGCUGAUGCACACUCGCUGUGGCAUGCAAGCACCAUUCCUCUCACAUAUCUCUGGUGGAGUUUCAUCAAGGAUGACGCAGAAUUCCGCACAUCAACUCUUAUUAAGAAGGCAAAGUGACUCAAGGCCGCAGAUUUUAACUCUCUGAACAUCAGAUUUCUUGGGCAACUCAAGGGAACAUGGGACGGGUUCCCUAUCUAACAUCGCCGAAUCUCAGUGUGUUUGCCCCCCCCCCCUAGAUUCUCCUGUAAAAUUGAUUAGAACAAGUAAUUCAUGUUUGCACAUCAAGAUUUUGGUCCUCAAACUCAGCAUGUUAUUUCCGGUGUAUCAUGUUUUUGCCCUGAUUUGAAUUUUGAUUAGCUCGAAACAAACCAUUAUGUAGUAGAAAACAUCAUCUUGUUCUGGUACCUGAUGGAAAGAUUGAACAAUGAGGGGCCCGUGUCUGCUUAUAUGUCGAAAAUUAGUCUGAAGUCUGAACAUGAUUUAUUCCCAGUGU